UGAUAUGCACUCAGGCAUAGUGGUUCCCAUCUUUGAUAAUUCUCAAAACGCUUUUGGAUUUUUUAUUGUGCUCACCAAGGAUCCUCAUCGGCAGUUCGAAGAAGAAGAGCGUGUCUAUCUGGGAAAUUUUGGGGUAAACGUGGUUAGCGAGGUGUUGAAGAGGCGUGUCAUCGUGGCUGAUAGGGCAAAAAGCGCGUUCAUUAGUUCUAUUUCGCAUGAAUUGAGAACACCUUUGCACGGUAUAUUAGCCAGUUGCGAGUUAAUGGCGGAAAAUCCUAUGAACGAGGCACAAUUGGAAUUGCUCAAGACCAUUCAAGGAUGCGGCGCUAGUCUGAUCUCGAUACUCAAUAAUGUACUGGAUUAUGCAAAAUUAGAAAGUUCGCAAGAACAGGAUGCUGCCACACGUUACUCACAGUCAUCACCGAGUGGUGAUGGCAAUCUUCCUAAGGACUUUAAAGACACAGGGAAAUCAUUAUUACAACGUAACGCCAGGCUAAAAGAAAAAAUAAAUUUGGCCAAAGUUUUGGAAGAUGUUGCUGAAUCUUGUGUGGCCGGUCAACAAAUGGUUUCAGCUAUCUACGGAAAAAAAGAUCAACAGUUUGACGUUGAAGAAAUUUCAGCCACAGCCACGUAUUCGAGAAAGCGACGGGUUUGUGAAUUAUUGAGCACAAAUCGCAAACAAGUAGUUGGACAAAAUGACGUCGAG